GCCAGUCGUCCUGCUUCACUGGGAGAGAUGGGCUGAGACUCAAGAGGACACCACCGACACCACCACCGACACCACCACCGGCCACAGACCGGGAGACUCCGGAAUUCUUCCCAGUUCCACUUGCCCUUGCUCCUCUCCACUCCUGGCCCCAGCAGGCCAGGGAAUGUCCCGGCGGCGAGAUGCCUUACGUGGACCGACAGAACCGCAUCUGUGGCUUCCUGGACAUCGAAGAAAAUGAGAGCAGUGGCAAGUUCCUGCGGCGUUACUUCAUACUGGACACACAGCAGGGAAGCCUGGUGUGGUUUAUGGACAACCCGCAGAACCUGCCUGUUGGUUCUGAAUGCGUCGGUUCUUUCAAGCUCACCUACAUCUCUAAGGUCAGCGAUGCCACAAAGCUGAGGCCUAAAGCAGAGUUCUGCUUCGUCAUCAAUGCCGGGAUGAGGAAGUUCUUCCUGCAGGCCAAUGAUCAGCAGGACCUGGUGGACUGGGUCGACGCUCUCAAUAAAGCCACCAAAAUCACUGUGCCAAAGUCGCUUGAUGGCCAACAGAAUGCAGAGAACCAGAAGGUUUUGCCAGAAGUCGCAGGACCAAAGAAACAAGUGUCUUAUAAGACAGAGAUAAUUGGAGGAGUCCCAAUCGUCACCCAGACACAGCGUGACGGCGGUGAUGGUGCAGACAGAGCAGAGCGAGACGCCAUGCAGCGCUCUCACAGCCAGCUGCCGUACUUCCUGAGCAGGCCGACUCAGGAACACAGCGUCAUAAAGUCAGGUUACUGUGUCAAACAAGGAGCUGUGAUGAGGAACUGGAAACGUCGAUAUUUCCUACUGGAGGAAAACUCAAUGAGUUACUUCAAGUCUGAUCUGGAGAAAGAGCCUCUGAGAAUGAUCCCUCUCAAGGAAGUUCACAAAGUCCAGGAGUGCAAACAGAGUGACAUUAUGAUGAGGGACAACCUGUUUGAAGUUGUCACCACAUCAAGGACAUUUUACAUACAGGCAGACAGUCCAGAGGAGAUGCACAGCUGGAUCAAGGCGGUCUCAGGGGCCAUUGUGGCCCAGCGGGGGCCCGGGAGGUCUGCAGCCACAGAACAUGGCAGCCGUUCCACUUUCUACCGCAGCUCCUCGGGCCCCCCCGUCCCUCGCUCGCCCAUAUCUGCCAUGCCACCAUGCAACCCAGAGUGGGGGGCUGCUGUCACGUGCACACGCGCACAGCCUGGCGUGGGACAGCGAGCACUUCAUGAGCCUGCUGCCGCGGCCCAGUCACAGCCACACGCCAGCACGCCUGUCCCUGCAGGAGACACGUCUGGCAAAGUGACCUGCAAGCCAUCUGUGACCACCAUCACCAACUCGGAGGAGUCACCGUGGCGACGGCGGAGCAGCUUUGAGCCCUGCAUGCCUGAACCAGAACCUGUGGACUUGGAUGACGCCGACUUGCCAGUGAGCGAGGUCUGAGCCGGAGUGGAACUGGAUAUUAAAACGUGUUAAUCUGGAUGGAUGUUGAUGUUGGAUGGACGAAGAGGAAACCGUGCACGACAGGUGCAAACAAAUGAGAGCAGGUGCUGGUUUUCAAACAGAAGCUGUUGGCAGAUCACAAACUGCUGAGCUCCUCCGUCAGUGCCGUCAGUGUGCGAGAGAAACAUGUUGGGUCACCACUGAACUGCAUUUGUGUGCCAAAGACGACCCACUCUUUACCUACGCCCCCACCCCGCCUGCCUGCUGUCUCACAAUGGCAUAUUUAUUUACCAAGAGAAGACGUCGACAAACAAAAGUACAAACCUUAGUUCACUUGUGCGGAUUAGAUUUCAGUUGCAGACCUUUAUUUGAACCUGUACAGUGAUGCGUUCAGCGGCAUCUGUGGAGAGGCGGAGUUUUGUAAACCACUUUGUUCCAAGACUAAAGGCCGAAUUAUAGUCGUUUUUUACGCACGCACGCACGCAGCUUCUACGGACUCGUUUUGGUUUAUAGGUCCCCCACAGUUGCGCGUGUUGCAACGCAAUUCACCGCCAGACCACUAGGCGGAGUAAUGUUUGUUGUUGAAGUCGGCUCUUCUUCGUGUGUGGCACACGUUUAUUGACAUCGCCACCGCGGCUCCUCAGAGCCUUUUUCUGGCGGACAAAUCCGCCGGUUAGUGACGGGUUAUACUAGUGGUCAUAGUUUCGGAUCUUUUCUGCCAAGUGCUCUUUUAUUUGGUCCAUAUUCGUUCUUCUAAAUCUUCCGUGGCUUCCGCAGUUUCCGGGAUUGAAACCGGAAAUGCGACUCCGGACGGGAUGAAGUAAGCAGACCAAUCACAAGCCUUGCGGGCUGCGUGAGGCUCGCGUCGCUUUGUCGUAUAGUCAGAAAAAUUGGCUGACGCACGCAAGCCGCAACACGCCCCCCGCAAGUACGCGAGGGGCGUGUUGCGUCACUUGCGUGCGUGCGUAAAAAGCCGAGUAUAAAUCGGCCUUAAUAAGGGAGUUUUUAAUGGUGCAAGGUGUUUCCUCAUAUCUUAAAUAAGUGUUCGAACUGAGGACUGGCUUUUCAUAACCUCUCUAAUUUAAACAGUGUGGUCCGUUCAUGCUCAUUAUUUUAACACUGGAUUUAGGACUAGAUGCUAAAAAAUUUAAAAACAAUAUGUAUAUGAUCCAGAGUGUUUGAUAAUGCCAGACCCAAUGUGUUUCAGCCUCAAAGCUUCAUUUAGUCCGAUGUUUUUUUUAGUUGACAAAUGUUUAGAUUUUAAACUUUUUCUGUUUGAAUAUAGUGGAGGGUUAAGGUCAGUAGUUUGUCCGCCGUGAGUUGCAUAGUUGACUGGUAUUGACCUCAAUCUGAAGUAGACUACAUGUAAAUGUACAGUUUUUACAGUUAUUCCACAAGCAGAGUUCUGUGCAGAGGCAGAAAAAAGAAAGAAGAAAAAAAAUUGAAAGCGUUCACAGUUUAUUCAUCACUUCAAAACCUGAAUCAGCAUCUUCACAAACUUUGUGGACUCGUGUUUCAGACACUGGAAGACAUGGGUGGGGGGAUAUAGAGCAACAUUGUUGUAAGUAAACACAAUGUACAAGACAUGAGCUUGUAUGCAUUUUGUAAAUCAUAAUAAUAAAAGCAGCGUUGUGCUGGGUCAGCUAUAGAUGAGCUUCAUGUCCGGACAGACUGGGUUCUAACUGGUUUACGUGAGUGAACGAAAGCUGCAGUCAGUUGUUGGAAGAAUUGAUGAAACUGUACAACACCACGCAAACAAAAGAAUCAAGCUCAGACACUUCCAUUGCAUGUUAACAAGUUAACGAUUCCUCAGAUUGUCUUUUUAGUUUUUGUUGACCUGCGGCUCGUCUGUGUGUUGUUUUGCAGGAUAGAGCCGUGUGCAUCAGAAUUAUUUUUAUAUGCUUUUAGAUGUUUUCUUGAAUCCGUGUUUAUCAUCCCAGUAGCAGGCAGGUUUUAUUUACAAUGUCCCAAAUAACAAACACUAAUCUUUCCUCUUUUUUUGUUUAAGUGCCUGCUCCAUUUCAUCCAACAAAGCCAAGCUCCUUCACCCCUGUUCAGUCUCGUGUAAUUGGUUUGAAUUGUUUCUAUUUAUUAUGUGGAUGACUUGAAAGAAAUAAACACUGAAAAUGUG